CUGAUGCGGAAGACGGUGUUUGUGGAAAUUGGCGGAAUGUGAAACCGGACAGCGCCGUCCCCAUUGAUUCCCCGGGCGAAAAGUUCGGGGACCGCGGAUGGAUCCCCGAUCCGCUCCGGUGCUGCUGCUGCUGCUGGGCUUCCUCCGGGGGAUCGCUGCAGGAGCUGGAGGGGGCGAGGUGUUGGCUGCUAUUGGUUCAUCAGUUUUACUGGAUCCUGAACACGGAGCUAAUCUCAGCGACAGUCAGGUUGAAUGGACGUUCACCGGCAGCGAUGGAAAACUUGUCACUAUUUUGGAUUAUGUACCAAAUUCCCCAAUACAAAAACCGAAUGAUGCCUUCAAAUCCCGUUUACAUUUUAAUACAACCAAUGGAUUAGUGACGUUGACCAAUCUGAAUUCCAGUGACCAAGGAGUUUAUACCAUCACUGUGGGUAGUAACUGGAAGAGGAGUAUGGAUCUGAAACUCAUUGAACCAAUGGCAGAACCUUUGAUCAAAGCUACCUAUGUGGAUUCCACUGUUGAGCUGAUCUGUCUAGUGGCUGGAGGGAAAGCAAGUUCCAUUCUGUGGAAGAAAGGUCCUGAUGUGAUAAAGAAUAGCCAACAUUAUCAGUUGUUGCAGAACAACAGCAAGCUGACCAUUGUUAAAGUCACCGAAACAGACUGCGGGAUCUACACCUGCAUCGUGGAAAACAUGUUCAGCAAGAACAGCAAUGCACAUUCUCUUAUUCUACACGAUGUUCCACUGCUACUCAACUGUGCAAAGAUAUUCUCCAUCGCUGCUCUGCUCACUGCUGUUGUUCCCUUGAUUUAUAAAAUAAUUGAGUUCUUCGUUGGGCUCAAGACAAGAAGGAAGCAGAAGCAAGGUCUUCAGCUCCAUCAAAAUCUACUCCAAAUCUUGCAGUUCCUCCUUCUUAUCGGUGCAUUUGGUUUCUGGAUCUCUACUGAAGGGCCUACCAAAAUCACAGUGAUUGUCUUGAUGUUUUUAUUGCUGCUGUUAGCAGGAGUGGUAUCUUCGACUUGGUGCAUGAUGUUCGAUAACAGAAAAAAGUUCAGCAAGACUUGCAUUGCUAAACUGGGUGGAAUCGUUGUGAUCUGUCUGUCGUGCUCGCUAAUCGUGGACACAGUGAGAGAAGCCGCUUACCGUCUAUUACAAAUAGUUUCUGUGACUCCAGUGGGUGGAAUCGUUGUGAUCUGUCUGUCGUGCUCCCUGAUCGUGGACACAGUGAGAGAAGCCGGUAACAGGUGUGAGCCAGCAGCCAAGCACCAAUCAAGUUUAAUUCGGGCCUGGGCAGCCCUGUUAUUUUUACUUCUGAUAUGCAUUGUAUUUUACAUCAAAGGUGGGAAAUGGAGGAAUUGGAUUACAGGAAACCCAUCUGCAAGUGACACAGGAAGAGAACCUGAUGAACAUCGUAAACAGUUGAACGAGCCAUUCUUAAAACAUACUGACGACGAGCCAACAUAAACCCAGAAAUGAAGAACUGGAUCUAAUCUGGAAACGAUCUAAUCUGCUGCCAUUGAAGCCCUGCCUUACAUUUCAGAGUCUGAAUACCUUGGGACCAGCUGCAACUGGCUUAAUAGUUUUCGCCCUUUAAUUUUGAAGGGGGGGGGGGCGGGGAGAGUAACAGUUUUAUUUGUACUGUUGAUGAGUUCAGAAACACACAGUUAUGGGUUGGACGUAAUAUUCUCAAGUUUAAACAACAUUUUGAAACAGGAAGUGACAAUUAAGUGGUAAUAGUUAGUGCCAGUCUAUUCCUAAGCAAGAAUUAUCUGACUAGGUGCGAGGAGCUGACAUGUGGGUAGCUUGGAGGAAAAUGGCAAGAGAAUUGCUUAAAAUUAAUAUCACAUUUACUGCUUCCUUCCUGUGCACUUUUCACUUCCUGACAUUUUUUUCUGCCCAACCCAUUGUUGUUCUUUAGCUGUUUAAUGCUCGGAUUCCAGGGUUUGUCCCAUUUCAGUUACCUGUCCUUUUCAAUCAACUGUCCCCUUUCUCCCAUUGGUAGCAAUCCUGCUGGGUGUAUUGAGUGCCCACCUUCCAGUGCUGCUGUUCAGACAAUCUCAGUCCUUCCCACCUCCCAGACUCAGUGGGAGAAACUGCCCAACCUUUUAGCUUUUCCCUCGGGAAACACCAGUUCAAUCACGUGUCAGGUCUUUGCCAUUGAUGUGAUUUCGUGAUUCGAUUAUGUCAUCAGAUUAUACUCCUUUGUUUCUUGAAGAUAUGGUUUUAAUGAAGCGCUGAGAGGUUGGAAGUGUGCAAAUUAUACUGAGACAAGACAAAAUGGGUGGCAUGGUGGCUCAGUGGUAAACACUGCUGCCUCUCAGCGCCAGGGACCCAGGGUCAAUUCCAGCCUCGGGAGACUGUCUGUGUGGGUUUCCUCCGAGUGCUCCGGUUUCCUCCCACGGUCCAAAGAUAUGCAGGUUAGGAUGAAUUGGCCAUGCUAAAUUACCCAUAGUGUUAGGGACAUUAGUCAGAAGGGAAUAGGGGGUCUGGGUGGGUUACUCUUUGGAGGGUCAGUGUGGACAGUAGGGAUUCUAAUCCUAAAAAUACUUUAAAAUGCUUCCACAGUGAUAGUCAAAAUUCAAAUGAAUUGCCUUCGGUGGGGAUAGUGCCAAAAAUAAACUUCCUACAAUCAGAGACAACCCAUCAAAACUGUCCAGUCUGAGGGAGACAUGAACAACGUUCAUCCCAGGUUAAAACCUCACCCCUCAAAGUUAACCAAAGCACUCUAAAUUUUAUGUUCUUUCAAUAAACACUAGUUUUCUGUA